AUGCCAGUGCCGUCGCCUCAAGGCUCUGAAAGCUCAGACGUCUCUACGCCUCGCUCCUCCUCUCCCUCAUCGUCGAUUGGCUCUGGCCGCUCUUCUCGUACAUCUGUAUCUAAUAAGCGAAUGUCCAUUUCUGGUCGCAGACUCACCCUCUUCAAUCCCAUGUCAACUGUCGACGUCUCUGCUAUUGAAGAAGCAAUGAAGAUGGCAACUCUUGACCAGCACCGUGGCUAUGUCAAGGACACAUAUGGCGAAGUCCAGCAAGAACGGAACACGGAAUACUUGGCCAAGUCGCAGGCUGCCGGAUAUCAAAUCAUCCGUGAGCCUCUCUGGAAUAAGGGUCUUUCAUUUACCCCCGAGGAGCGUGCUACCCAAAACCUCACCGGUCUCCUGCCACAUGCCAUGGAGUCCCUGCAGACUCAGUGCGCCAGAGCGAUGAAGAUGAUCCAGACUCGCCAGACAAGCAUCGACAAGUAUCUGUACCUUUCAAAUCUGAAGGACCAGAACAUUGACUUGUUCUACCGCCUUUUGAUGGACAAUGUCCGCGAACUCAUGCCGUUGGUCUACACACCUACCAUAGGCGACGUCUGCCUGCAGUACUCGAGCAUCUACACUCGCCCCGAGGCCCUGUAUAUUUCAAUCAAGCAGCGCAAAUCUAUUCGAACCAUGCUGAGGAAUUGGCCCUGCACUGAUCCUGAGAUUUGCGUCGUCACUGAUGGGUCUCGUAUCUUGGGCCUUGGAGACCUGGGUAUGAAUGGUGUGGGGAUUUCCAUUGGCAAGCUAGCCUUGUACACGGCUGCCGCAGGCAUUCACCCUGCCAAGACUUUGCCCAUUGUCUUGGACUGCGGUACCAACAACGAAACCAACUUGAAGGACCCCCUGUACCUGGGUCUCAGACAGAAGCGCCCCUCGUUCGAGGUCCAGCAACAAUUCAUGGAUGAGUUCAUGGAAGCUGUGAAGGAAGUGUACCCCAACAUGGUAGUCCAGUUUGAAGACUUUGAGAGUGAAAAGGCAUUCAACUACCUGGACCGUUACAGAAACACACACCGAGCUUUCAAUGACGAUAUCCAGGGGACCGGUGCCGUGGUUCUCGGCGGAUACAUCGGUGCUUGCAACUUGUCUGGCGUCCCCAUUGAGGAGCAGCGUCUAGUCUUCAUGGGCGCUGGCUCUGCUGGCGUGGGUGUGGCCAAGCAGCUUGUUGAGUACUACACUCGUAGAGGAUUCUCAGAGGCCGAAGCCCGCGACAAGUUUUUCCUUGUCGAUACCAAGGGCCUAGUCACCAAGGACCGAGGUGAUAACCUAGCAGAGCACAAGAAAUACUUUGCUCGCAUUGACAACAAUGGCCACCAAUUCCGUACUCUGGAAGAGGUCAUUGAAUAUGUCAAGCCCAGUGCCUUGAUUGGUCUCGCUGCUACCUUUGGCAUUUUCACCGAGUCCGUGGUCCGAGCCUUGAAGGCGUCGGUUGACGCCGGUGGCCUUGGCCGACGUCCUAUCCUGUUCCCUCUGAGCAAUCCCCUCACAAAGGCAGAAUGCACGUUUGAGCAAGCCGUACAGUGGACCGAUGGUUCUGUCAUUUUCGCCUCCGGAUCCCCAUUCCAGUCGUUCACCGUCAAGGUUGGCGGUGAAAUUGGGGAAGUGACAUACCACCCCAACCAGGGCAACAAUGUCUAUGUCUUUCCCGGAUUGGGUCUCGGUGCCAUCCUUGCCAAGGCCUCGCGCAUCACGGACAACAUGGUGUACACCUCGGCUGACGCCCUGGCCGGCUCACUGAACUCUGAGGAAAUCCACAAGGGCUUGAUUUAUCCCAGGAUCGAGCGUGUCCGCGAGGCCAGCGUCAUUGUUGCCCGCGAGGUCAUGAAGGCUGCGCGACGAGACGGUGUCUCAGAACUUCCCGAAGCCUACUGGCAUGAGUGGGAGGAGUGGGGUGAUGUUGCCUUGACCGCGUACAUCAAGCAGCGCAUCUACAACCCUUCCUGCUUCAGCGAAGCUCGAGGUCGCCUGUGA